AUGGGUGCCCAGUUUAGGACCCUAGAACGUGAACAAAGGUUUAAGAAUCCUCCAAAGGAUAAAUCCGCAUUCCCUCUCCUAGCAGAGGCGGUGGCUCCUCACAUUGGUUCCUUCAAUGCCCUCACUGAGGGCCCUGGUGGAGGUCUUCUCAAUAUGGGAGUGAAGGACAUUGGCACCAAGACAAUCUUUGAUUCUUCUGAUGAGCUCAGACUUGGUAACAAGCUUCAAAUCAGAGUGGAAUCCGUUCAGUUGGCCAAGCCAGUGGUUCCUCCAACCGAUAAGCUUUCUGUCAACCGUAAGACACACCCAUCGGAGUGUAGAGAGAGAAUGACCACAUACAGAGGCAAGUUGAUGUUGAAGGUGACCUGGUCUGUGAACGAGGGUCCAGAAGUGUCUGAGAUCCGUGACGCAGGUCAAGUUCCUAUUAUGGUCAGCUCCAACAGAUGUCACUUGGAGAAGUUGUCUCCUAACGAGUUGGUCGCUGCCAAAGAAGAGAGUGAUGAGUUGGGAGGUUACUUCAUUGUCAACGGUAUUGAAAAGUUGAUUCGUAUGUUGAUUGUUCAGAGAAGAAACCACCCUAUGGCUCUUAUCCGUCCUUCUUUCGGUAACAGAGGUAACUCAUACACCAAGUUUGGUUGUCAGAUCAGAUGUGUUCGUCCUGACCAGACCUCCCAGACCAACGUUUUGCAUUAUUUGAAAGACGGUAACGUCACUUUCCGUUUUUCGUGGCGUAAGAACGAGUACUUGGUUCCAGUCGUCAUGAUUUUGAAGGCCUUGAUGGAGACCAACGAUAGAGAGAUCUUCGAUGGUAUCGUUGCUUCUGACACUUCCAACUCUUUCUUGACCGAUCGUCUUGAACUUUUGCUUAGGUCUUACAAGUCCUACAACCUCCACUCCCAAAAGGAGACUUUGGCAUUCUUGGGUGACAAGUUCCGUGUUGUCUUUGACGCUCCUCCUGAUGUUUCUGAUAUCGAGGUUGGUAAAGAACUUCUUAAGAAGAUUGUUCUUGUUCACUUGCCAAACAAUGCCGACAAGUACCGUAUGCUUCUUUUCAUGAUCCGUAAGUUAUACACCCUUGUGGCUGGUGACUGUUCGCCUGACAAUCCAGAUGCUACUCAGCACCAGGAAGUGUUAUUGGGUGGUUUCCUUUACGGUAUGAUCAUCAAAGAAAAGAUCGAAGAGUAUUUGCAAAACAUCAAGGUUCAAAUCUCUUCCGAUAUUAACAGAGGCAACAGAGUCAACUUCAGUGACAGAAAGUACAUGUCUCGUGUGUUCAUGAGAGUUAACGAAAACGUUGGUCAGAAGUUGCAAUAUUUCCUCUCCACCGGUAACCUUGUAUCCCAAUCCGGUUUGGAUUUGCAGCAAGUCUCUGGUUACACAGUUGUCGCUGAAAAGAUUAACUUCCACAGAUUCAUCUCCCAUUUCAGAAUGGUUCAUAGAGGUUCUUUCUUCGCCGAAUUGAAGACAACCACAGUCAGAAAGUUGUUACCAGAAUCUUGGGGUUUCUUGUGCCCAGUCCAUACUCCGGAUGGUUCUCCAUGUGGUUUGUUGAACCAUUUGGCUCACAAGUGUAAGAUUUCCACUGAAGAUUCUGACGUUUCUCAAGUGCCUAGCGCAUUGGCCAAGUUGGGUGUUUCUCCAGCACAUACUUUCGCUGCUGGUCCUGGCUUGUGCUGUGUCCAAUUGGACGGUAGAAUCGUUGGUUGGACUAGUCACGACCAAGGUAGGCUUGUGGCUGAUGCCUUGAGAUAUUGGAAGAUUGAAGGCGGCCAUGGCUUGCCUCUUGACUUGGAAGUUGGUUACGUUCCACCAUCCUCCAAGGGUCAAUACCCAGGUUUGUACCUUUUUGGUGGCCGUUCCAGAAUGAUGAGACCAACUAAGUACUUGCCUCUCGAGAAAGAGGAUAUCCUUGGCCCAUUCGAGCAAGUCUACAUGAACAUCGCUGUGACUCCACAAGAGAUCGAGCCAAAGAUCCAUUCUCAUGUUGAAUGGGCUCCUACAAACAUCUUGUCCAUUUUGGCCAACUUGACUCCAUUUUCCGAUUUCAAUCAGUCUCCAAGAAAUAUGUACCAGUGUCAGAUGGGUAAGCAAACUAUGGGUACCCCAGGUACCGCAUUGGUUCACAGAUCUGACAACAAGCUUUACAGACUCCAGACUGGUCAAACUCCUAUUGUUAAGGCCAACUUGUACGACGAAUAUGGUAUGGACAACUUCCCUAACGGUAUGAACGCUGUCGUCGCUGUCAUCUCUUACACUGGUUACGAUAUGGAUGACGCUAUGAUCAUCAACAAGUCAGCAGAUGAGAGAGGUUUUGGUUACGGUACUGUUUACAAGGUGGAGAAGGUUGAUCUUUCCAUGUCACGUAGGAGAGGUGAUCCUAUCAUUCAGCAUUUGGGUUUCGGAGAAGAUGACUACCCUGAAGCCUGGAAAGAGAAGUUGGACGAGGAUGGAUUGCCAAUCAUUGGUGUUCAUGUUGAAGAAGGUGACCCAAUCUGUGCUUACUUCGAUGACACCAUUGGUAAGACUAAGGUUAAGACUUACCACUCCAGUGAGCCAGCAUACAUCGAAGAAGUGAAGCUUCUUGCUGACGAGAAUGGAGACUCGGAGUGCCAGCUGCUUACCAUUAAGUACAGAGUUACCAGAGCACCAUUGAUCGGUGACAAGUUCUCCUCGAGACACGGACAGAAGGGUGUUUGCUCGAGAAAGUGGCCCCAGGUGGACAUGCCUUUCUCUGAAACCGGUAUUCAGCCAGAUGUCAUCAUUAACCCGCAUGCUUUCCCAUCUCGUAUGACCAUUGGUAUGUUCGUUGAAUCGCUUGCCGGUAAGGCCGGUGCUAUGCAUGGUAUCUCUCAGGACUCCACCCCAUGGACUUUCAGUGAGAGUGAUACCCCAGCCGAUUUUUUCGGUGAACAGUUAAAGAAAGCCGGUUACAACUACCAUGGUAACGAGCCAAUGUAUUCCGGUGUCACUGGUGAAGAACUUCGUUGCGACAUCUACAUUGGUGUCGUCUACUACCAAAGAUUGAGACAUAUGGUUAACGAUAAGUUCCAGGUAAGAUCUACUGGUCCUGUCAACUCCUUGACAAUGCAGCCUGUGAAGGGUCGUAAGAGAAAUGGUGGUAUUCGUGUCGGUGAGAUGGAGAGAGAUGCUUUGAUUGGUCACGGUACUUCCUACUUGCUUCAGGACAGAUUAUUGAACUGUUCCGAUUACACACAAACGCCUAUCUGUCGCUCAUGUGGUCUGAUGCUAAAUACCCAGAUGUCUGUGCCACGUAUUGGAACAUUCUCUACGAUAAGAUGUCGUGGAUGCGCUGAAAAGUUCGACUCGUACGCCAAGAAGGGUGUUCAAGUCAGUGACGCUGACAUUUGGGAAGACGGUCUGGGAGUCAAGUUUGUCGGUGGUGACAACACCACUACCGUUGCUAUUCCUUUCGUUUUGAAAUAUUUGGAUUCGGAGUUGGCUGCCAUGGGUAUCAAGAUGAGGUACAAUGUUGCACCUCAGUAA